CUAUUUCUUACUUAUAUAACGUAAAGUAACUUACACUAAAAUGAUUCCGCAUUACUUACUUUGGAAGAAAUUACAAAGCAAACACUUCAUUGUUCCUGUAAAAGCAGAGUGGGACUCUUUUAGAGGAGCGCAGAGAGAGUCUGAGUAUGUAGACCGUAUGAUCUGCAGAGUCUGCAUGAGCCCAGCUGAUAUACCGAUAACAGAGAAAAUUGAUGACUUAAGCAUUUUAGGUGCUAUACGAGCUGUUGCCAACAUAUGGAUAAAUGAAACUGAUGGCUACCCAAAAUACAUAUGCAUGAUUUGUUUAGAAGAGUUGAAGACAGCACUGAUGUUCAAAAGGAAAUGUGAAAAUUCAGAUAGAAAAUUUCGGAAAUCAUUACCAGAGGAAACUAUAUUUGCAAGCAGUACACCUUCAAUUAUCUACCACGAUUUUGCACAAAUUAUACAAGAUAUGCGAGACAGAAUUAACCGAAGGGUAGCUAAGAGAGUGGUUAAAGAAAAGCCUAAACCAGCUGUUAAGAAAAAAUAUAUAAUACAAGAGCCCAGUAGGGUUUAUAAAUGUAAAAGGUGUGAUGUAGUGUUUGACACUAAGGAGCAGCUAAAGGAUCAUCGCCGUAAUCGUGCAUGCUACGGCGCGCCAUGUCCACUUUGUGGCAAAGUGGUAUCAAAUAUAGCAAGGCACAAGAAUGUAGUGCACUUACGUGCUGAAAAGUACACUUGUCACAUUUGCGGGAAGAUCUCGUUUACUGCUGGCAGUGCGAGAACACAUUUAUCAGUGCACUCGGACAAAUGCGACUACGCAUGCCCCAUAUGUCCGUACCGAGGCAAGCAGCAGGCAUAUCUGACGUUGCACAUGCGAGUGCAUACUGGUGAAAGGCCAUACCUUUGUUCCAUGUGUCCCGCCAAGUUUGUCAACACGAGUAAUUUAAGAAAACACCAACUAAUACAUUUUAAUAAGAAAUACCAGUGUUCAAGAUGCAACAAGCAGUUUAGAAUGGAGAAGUCUCUAGAGGAACAUUACAACGCAGCACAUUUACAUAUGCGAUAUAGGUGCUCGAUAUGCGGCAGAUAUCUAUGGACUAGGUAAGAUUUUAAAGAGUACUCUAUGUAAACUAGUCAUAAUAAUAAUUGCAAGUUAUUAUUAAUUCAUACCCUGCCCUAAAGAAUUGUAGUCGUCCUCAUAAGUUGGGCC